UACCGUUAAUCUAUUGCAACUUGCAGCUUGUAUCAUCUAUAUACAUCCUUUAAAAUAAUCUGCUAUGUUAACAAAAUUAUUUUUUGAUUUCUCUGUUGUAAACUUUGUAAUAUUUCGAUCGUUCUGUUGGAAAAUAUAGUUAAAGAGAAACCUUUGAAGGAAACUCAUGUUUUUGGAAAUGUCACUGGCAGGAUUGUUUAUCCACCAUUUUGUUUUGCUGUCGUCCUCAGAGUUUUUCCUGGUAUCGUGGCCUAUUUUACAAUGAACUAGAUUGACUCGAAUUUAAAAAAGAAUAUCAUUGAAUCCGACGACGUUUCGUAGUUCGGAAGGAUAUUGUUUCCAACGAAUUUGGAUUAGUAUUUUUUUUUUUUUUUCGAUGAAUGUUCUCGUCAUGGGGAUUUGUGAGAUUUCACCUCGAGUUCUGACCCAACUUUCCUGACUUCUUUGAUCAAAUGGCGAUUACUAGAUAAAACGUACAAUUUUCGCGUCAUUCGCCACGAUGUCGGGUCAGAGUGGAGGGCAUCGCUUGCGGUUGUCCAAACUCAAUGAUCAACUGACUUGCAAACUAUGCGGUGGAUAUUUCAUUGAUGCCACUACAAUUAUAGAGUGCUUACAUUCGUUUUGCAGGAGCUGUAUCGUCAAGUAUCUGGAAAACAAUAAAUAUUGUCCAAUAUGCGAGGUACAGGUGCACAAAAGUAAACCACUACUUAACAUUCGUCCAGACUACACUUUGCAGGACAUUGUGUAUAAAUUGGUACCUGGAUGUUAUCAAAAUGAGAUGCGAUGCAGAAGAGAAUUUUACUCCAAACAUCCUGAAGCGUGCACUCAAGCAACAUCUCCAGAAGCAAGGGGCGAGCCAACCGAAUCGCAUAUAUAUUCUCCCGAUGAAUCCCUUAGUUUGUCAUUGGAAUAUUUUAGUCCAUCUAAAGAUGUUAAAGGAGUACCUGUAAAACCUUUGUUAAGGCGAUAUCUUCGUUGUCCCGCGGCAGUAACAAUUUUUCAUCUGCAAAAGCUAAUACGCGCUAAGUAUGGCUUAACCGAUGCACACAGGGUAGAUAUAAUGUAUAAGGAGGAACCACUAUCCAAUAGUUACACAUUAAUGGAUGUAAUGUAUAUUUAUCAUUGGAGGCGGAAAGUGCCAUUGCAUUUAAGUUAUAGGAUAUUCGAAUCUUCUCCGAAACGAAUAAAACUUUCAGAGGACAAUGUCAAUUAUAAAACAUCUUUACUUCAUGCUGGAAUUGAUUCCAUCGACUCGAAGGACGAACACUCGCUGAAAAGGGAAUGGAAGGAGGUUCAAUUAAAAAUCUCGGAAACUGGUAUAAUGAGUAUUACGGAUAUAUCGAAUCAACAAUUUCAAAAAAGUGCAGCACUCGAAAACUCGAUUGCUUCGAAAGUUGAAACAAUAAAUACUUCGAUCACCGAAGAUAAUAAUAGCGGGAACAAUUUAUUUGAGAUUACGAAAAAAAACGAGCACUCUUCGGAUAAACAGAUUAUGGAUGAUUGUGAUAUUUCUUCUAAAUUACAUGAACUCGACGACAAGAAAAACGUUAAUCAAACCGAAGGUAAGAAGAUUUCAACAGAGGAAACAGGAAUUAUGGUAAAUUGUAAAAACGAGGAAGAACCAAAAAGUCAUUCGGAUAGUACCAAUGCCGAUGAUAAAGUAACUUCACAAUUAAAAGAAACCUCGCAGUGUGUAGAUAAUAGUGAAACUAGAAAUAAUAUCGAGAAUGAGGAUCAAAAGGAUUCCUCGAGAAAUAACAAUAAUAUUAUAAUCGAAGAAAAUAAAUUAGAAACGUCUAAACAGAAUUCAAAGAACGAAGUGAAAUUUGUAAAUACAGGAUCAAAAAUCAAUGCCCUAAGUGUAAAAUUACAGUUUCAACCGAAAAUCGAACAAUUUAAUACUAACAAUAACGUGUCCUCGAAGAAAACUGUAAAAGAUAAAAAACUUGCAGCGCAAUCGUCUAAAAAAGCAGAUGCAAAAACCAUUGAAAGUACGAAAUCUACAGAAGCAAAAAAUUCUGUCGAUGCUUCAAAGGCACAGGUUACGACAAAUAAUUGUGGAGUUGCAAUAAAUAAAUCGAUAGUUCCGUACUCGACAAAAACAACACCACAAAAAGGAACUUCGGAGUCCCAAGAAAGCAGAGAUUUCGAUUUGUCGAUGCAUUUAACCAGCACCUCGGUUUGUUCUGAAGCGAACGAAACAGAUUCCAAUAUAAGAAAAGCGCAACAGAUCGACCAAGAUAAAAAGGAAAAUUCUUCGCAGAAAACAAAUGGACAAACGAACACAGUUUCCCAAAAAUCGUUGUACAUGCAAAUCGAAUCGCUGACAAACGAGAACUUCGCGUCUUCGAAUGUUUCUACAUCUAUGUCUGUAACUGUUGGCAAUGGUAUAAGUUCAGCCUCCACGUCGACGAUAAAUCAAUCGAUGUGUACGUUUCCUUACAUGGUUCAAGAUUUAGUGAACAGUACGAUGUUGAAAAAUUCCCUGAAGAAUUUAACAUCGCCCGGUCAAAAGUUAUCUGUAUCCACGUCCUCGGAAAAUGAAAUAGUCACGUGUACGAUAGCGAAUAACAAUGUAACAUUUAAUAUGCCUUCUGCAAACGUUUCAUCUUCGUCGAAAAACAAUUAUUCGAAUUCAGUGAUGACCGCUUCAAAGGAGUCAGCGUUGAAGGGAAAUUUAGAAAUAACCGGUACGUAUUCGGUACCUCCUUGUCCCGAUGCCAUUCCAAUUUCUUUAAUGAAACCAACUGUCCGUAAAAACGAGCUGAUAACGAAAGGUCUGAAUCUGAAUGAAAUUUGCGCGAAAAUCGGAGCGUCCGGUUCGAAGAUCGACGACAUUUGCGCUAAAAUCGGCGAGAAUUCGAAGGAAAAGAACAAGAUAGAAGUGAGAAGCAAAUCUGAGAUACCGGAUUUGUUGAAAAUCGGAAGGAAGAAUAGCUCGCAGUCGGUGAUGAUCGAUUCCUCUGGUAAACAACAUCCAAAUAUAUCAAGUGUAUCAGUUUACGCUCCCAAUAGUAACCCAGUUACGGUGGAAAGUAAGAAUGUUUAUGUAAACGUGAAGGAUAGUCUCAGAGCUACAUCGUUGGUAUCUAGUUCCCCGACAGUAACGUCACACUCUUUACAGAAGGUUCCUUCUUCCGUAUCCAAGAAGCUAAGUCAAGCGGUGGGAUACAAAACGCUUCGCGAUCCUCCUAGAUGCUGGAAUCCAACGCUUUCCAAGAACAACUACGUGGCGGUUAAAAAUCAGAACAAAGAGGCACAGAAUCAGUUGCAUCAAACGGCACUUUUCGAGAGAAGUAAAACGAUUCAGUCGAAGCCAGCCAAGAUCUUCAAGAUGAGAAACAUGCCGAGAUACUUAGGUAAUCCUGCGUCUGGAGUGAAACCAAUGUACGGGAUCAGCAACGAAUGUAAAGAUAAAGAGCAAUCAGCGAUAACGCCAACGACCACGACGAGUGCAUCGAACGCUUCGAAAAAUGGAAAUUUAAGUAUGAUGAAGAUAGAUCCUAAAACUCUAUCACCGAUUGUUUCUACGGUUAAUUCACCCAUCGUAUCGCCACCUCCGUAUUCUCCUAGCGCAAGAAGUUACCCGAAUCCUCCGUUCUCGAGAGAUAUUUGUAGAAGUACCGGUUCACCGAUAUCUCCGAAAAAUUCACCGGUAAAUAUGCUUUCAACGAGCCCUUUUAUACCUUCACCAACGCCGAACAUAAAUCCACGAUUAAUAUAUCCUCAUUUUCCACCGCCAUUUCCAGAUGCCAGCAGGUUUCCAAAUCCGUUGAUACGUUCACCGAUAGGAAUUCCAUCUCCCAGUGCCUUCCACAGUAGCUUACCACCUUCGAUUAAUAAGUUGUAUCAACGAUCCAAUUAUAUCCCUCAAACGACUGGUUUCUCUCCGGUAUCGCAACCGCCGACAGUCCAGAGAAUACCACCGAGCACUUACUCUUCACCCAAGUCGCCUAAAACUACCUCUUUAACAGCAAUGUCGCCCACAUCUUACGGUUUGGUCAAGCCAGAAACGCAAACCGUAGCAACGUCACUUGAAACUAAUAAUCUGAUUCUUCCGAAGAGCACGUCACAGGAAGAUGUCAGUGCAUUUAAUUUGUCUAAGACUGGAAGCUUCUGUAACGCGGAAACCGUUAAGACAUCGACGGAAGUUGUACGAAAUAAUUCUAAAUCGACCACCCUUUGUUCCAUAUCGAACGUUGGACAGGGUAAACGUUCACCGACCGUUCAAGUUACUUCAAAGACUAAGUUGGUGGAUGCUUGUUCGCCGUGUACAGUUGUUCAGGAACAGAAUAAAGAACAGCCGGAUAAGGAAAUCGCGAAAUGCAAAGAAGAUAGUUCGUAUACUUGUAAAGAACAAAAUUUGGAAAAGAAACAGUCCGAUGAAAAUAGUGAUAGUGUAAAUAAUAAAAAGAAAGAGAAGUUAGUUUUUCAGAUUAACGGAGAUCUCAGCAACGAGGGUAAACAGGAUGCGUCGGUAGAGAAAUUAACGGAACAACAAAAAGAACAAAACGAUAAGAAAAUUGUACCAACAUCGGAUAAGACUACCGCGAAACAGCAAAUAGACGAAUCGAAAAGCGAGGAAUGCGAAAGAAACGAGGAACAAGGGAAGAAGUCUGAAAGCCAAGUCAACAAAAUGGAAACGUAAUUUAUGAAUUGAUAAAGUCAUUUAACUUGUAUAUUUCUGUAUAUAUAACCGAAGCUUUUGGUUAUUGUUAUAUUCUAUUGUAGCCAGGAGAUUUUAUUAAGCUUCAGCUUUUUAUAUUUCACGAUUUUGAUAACUUUUUCCGUAAUAGUCUUGAUCCAAAUUUAACAGAAUACAUAGUAUAUAUAUAUUGCAAUUUUAAUUAGUACGAUUUUUAACUCGCAGACAAAUAUAUUAAGAAAAUAAUAUUGUGAUUAAUGUAUUGCUAAUAUCAAAAUCUUAUAUUGCGAUUAAAAAUCGUAUUAAUUAAAAAUAUAACACAUGCUUGAAUCGAAUGAAUUAAGGAAAGGAAAAUAGAUAUAUUUAACGUAAAAACACAUCAACACUAUACAAAGAUUAUGUAGGGAAAAUGAAUCGUAAUUAUUAUUUAUGCAAUAUUUGACAAGUUUUUAUAAUUUUAUUAGAUCUGUCAGUUUACAGUAUUUUUAAUAUUUUUGAACAAAUUUCAUUGCUUAUUUGUUGAUGCACCUUCGACAACUGGAUAUGUAACCAAAGCCUCGAGAAUUACUCUAAUCUUCCAGGUAGUUUUAGCUACACGAGUAUAUACCUUCUUUGUAAUCUGCAUACCUUCUUUAUAAAAAAAAAAUGCAACUAUAUUAAAAUAUCCGAGGCCUUAUCACAGUAAUCGUAUAUAAAUAUAUAUAUAUAUAUAUAUAUAUAAAUAAUAUUAAGAAAAUUGAGCAAGAGAAUAUCAUUGUUAAAUGAUUUAGAAAAAGAAAAGGAUAAAAAAGUAUUACACUGCGAGUGAUUUCUCUCUUUCCAGCUUAAUUAACAUUAUCAAUGUGUCGUUUUGCACCGAAUUACUAAAACAGCACAUAUGGAUAAGGAAUCCACUAUUAAUUUUGCUAAGUGCCGGAAAGAAAGAAAAAGUUAAUAUAUAUAUAUAUAUAUGAAGAAAUUUUUAAUAAUGGACUAUCGUGUUUUUUUUUUUUUUUUUAGAUAUGUUUACUUGUAAAUAGUGUAUAAUGAUUCGAAAAAAAGAUCUAUAUCACGUAUUAGAUAUAAAAAAUUAUCGAUUAUUAAUGUAAUUUAACAUGCAUAUUUUUAGGAUUUAAGAACAUGUAACGAUAGUAUUUUUUGUCUAAUACGGGAAAGCAAUUUUUAGAAAGAUGCCUGAUUGUAGAGCAAAAAAACGACGUAUUUUUAAUAAGUUAUUAGUUGUAUGCGCGCGCGACUCUUUUGUAUACAAGGUGUACCUGAGUGAGUGAGCGAGUGAAAAAGAUUAAAAAAACCAAUGCGUGUGUAUAAUUUUUUUGUAUAAAGAAAAUUUCAGUAUAUCCCGUUUGAAUUGAUACAGUUCAAACGAAGUUUUCGAGAUUUGUUUUUUUAUUUAUAGAAACGUUGAUCGUCGUUUGUUUGAAAAUUUAUGUAUGUAUUUUGCGAAUUGUCUAUGUAUGCGUGCGCAUACGCUCUCACACGCGCGCGCGUUAUUAUUAAUACAGUAAUAACACUACGUGAAGUAGAGAAUGUUCUUUUAACUAUAAAAAUAUAGUUGAUUAUACUUUA